GAUGGAGGUAGAGAUAUCUAUAGUAGAGGAGGACGUUGGCACGAACAACUCGAUCGAGGAGGAGGUCAAGAAGGAUGAAGGAGGAGCUUUCAAGGAGGAAAUGUUAGAGGAUGAAAUCGAUUCUUUGAAUAAAGAAGAUAUCUGGAGGAGUCGACGGGAGAGAAUCAACAAUGCAUCGGCGGCCGCGCGAAACGCGGAGAAACAAGAUCCAGCAGAAGUGAAUGCAGCUGCUCAAAGACUUGGAUUUAUCAUCAUCAAAGCCGAUGUCGAAGAGUUCAUUUCUGCGAUUGAGAGCCUUGCAAUGAAAAUCAAUCCGUCUGCCAUUUUCAAUUGCCUGAACGCGGAGGGCAAUUCACUGCUCCACUUUGCAGCAUUCAACGGCAAGGACGACAUCCUGAGGCUCCUGCUUGAUUAUGUCCCUGACCACCUCAUUGCCGCACAAAAUGAUUGGGGAGAUACCUCCCUCCACAUGGCGAUUGGGGCUAAGAGAUCUACGGCUGCUGAGAUGUUGAUUCGCCGGGCAAGAGACCUCCCCAAUAUUGAGGGCAAGAACCAGAUCCUGAGGAUGAAGAACAAACAUGGAAACACCGCCUUGCACGAGGCCGUGCUUAAUGGUCACGUCAAGGGGGUCCGCGAUCUGUUGAACGAAGAUUUGGAGCCCGUGUACUGGAUGAAUGAGUAUCAGACAUCUCCCCUGUACUUGGCCGUCGAUUCCAAAGACCCUGAGAUACAAGAGGUUUUAUUUUCGCUUGCGCUCGAACCAUCAAGGAUACAAGGCUUGCCGCCCAUUCACGGUGCCAUCUUGCAAGAACGCUAUGAUUUAGUCGACCUGAUACUCGAAAAGAACAUGAAGCUAUUUGAGAUGACUAACUCCAGAGGCGGUAAUAUAUUGCAUUUAGCAGCUUACAUGAAUGCGGCCCAAGUAUUCAAAUACUUAGGAUUAGAAACUGUAUAUUUGGUCCAACAACGGGAUAGGAACGGGGAUCUUCCCAUUCAUAUUGCGAGCAAGAUGGGUUAUGUUGAACAAAUCGAGAAGCUACUUCCGGUAUCAUGUUUGCUAAAUGGGCAAGGGCCAACCGUUCUUCAUGUCGCAGCAAAAUAUGGGAGAACUUCAGCAGUGAGAUAUGUGCUCAAUCAUAAAAAAUUGGGGAUGGCGAUAAAUGAUGCAGAUAAUGCUGGAAAUACACCUUCACACUUGGCAGCGAUGUAUUCACAACCCGCCGCUUUGAUUCCUCUUGUGAUGGAUGAAAGAAUUAUUCCCGGCCAUAUCAACCGCAAAUGUUUGACUCCUUUUGACAUUGCUCGUGAUCGCCUCAGAAGGGAGCCUACGUUACGGAAUCAUUGUUGA